AUGUCAUUCUCCAUGACCCCGAAUGGGGCUGGAUCUCAACAGCCAGCCCACCUCCAGCUGAACAGCAACGCUGGACAGUCUAAUAAUCCUGCUCCUGGCUUGAAUCGUCCAUCCAACCCACACACUUCCAGUUUCCACCUCAACGGCACUUCGACACCAACCUACCUCAUGCCCACUAGCCCGCCUAAGAGUCGCCGCGGAAGCAGUGACGGUAGCAUCCCUAAGCUGGAGACGGCGGUUGGCCACGUCCCAAUCUGCCUUGUAAAUGCCUCCAUAACGUACUGCGGAAAUAACGAGAUCUAUGCCUUCGGAGGGUUCGAUCAGGAGACGGAUGAGGUCUACAACCACGUCUUAAAAUUAGAUCUCACCACCCGGAGAUGGGCUCUCGUCGAUAACUUCGGUGAUAUUCCCGGAGUUCGCAUGGGACAUACCGCAUCUCUCUACAAGGGGGAAAAACUUGUUGCCUUUGGAGGAGAGAAUGAACGCCCGGAACACCUUAACGACGUCAUCGUGUUCGAUAUUAAGACAGCCACCUGGACGUCGCCCGAAAUCCGAGGAAAACCUCCAAGAGGAAGAGCUCGACAUGCAUCCGUCAUCUAUGAAGAUAAACUGUUUGUGAUCGGCGGUGUAACAGGAGAAUCGAACCUUAUACUGGACGAUAUCUGCUAUCUCGAUCUCAAAACCUGGACAUGGUCGCGCUCAUGGAGGUUUGUUGCCCGCUUCGAUCAUGCUGCAUGGGUAUGGGGUGGUCGUCUCUGGGUAUUUGGUGGAUUGGGUGCGGAUAUGGAGAGAUGCACAGAUCUGUGGUGGCUGGAUCUCAAAGGUACUCCAUCACUUGAGAGGGUAUCCUCAAUAGAGCAAGAUUCUCCAAUCAACACUCAACCAUCCACCGGACGGUUGAAUACUUUCAUGCCAAAUGCUGCUAACACUCAAAUACGGUCAGUAAACUCUCGACGCAAACCUACUGCUCCAGGGGCCAUAUCGUCCCUUAAGUUUCACUCGGGACCGUAUGUGCCGGCUUUACGGUCUGGAACACACUUCCAUGUCUACUCAUCGGGUCUCCUUCUUGAUUUCGUCACCCCUUCUGAAACGGUCAAGCCCUGGGAAUGUAACCUAUCCACCAUGGAGAUGGACUCCCUACGCUGGCAGAAAUUAGCAAGCGGCCAGGAAAUAUUCCCAGUUGAAAACCGCUGGCAUUACUGUGCCAUCGAUGAAGCUGGAAGUAAGGCUUGGCUAUUUGGUUCCAGCACUGGAAGCCUGGAUGCCGGCGGAGAUAACCGACUUGACUCCAUACUUACUAUCGAUCUUGAAAAGUAUGGGGUAUUGGGAAGGGAAGCCACAGAGCAGAAUCGCAUCCUUGCCUCUGAACGGCAAAAUACCCUGAGUAAUCUCGGUGCUGGACUUGCUUCGGUCUUUGACCAGCCGCCAGAGAUAGGCUGUGGAUCUGAUUUCAUUAUCACUGCAGACAUGGACGAUGCUGAGUACGGCCCGUCCGAAGAGGAUGAUGGAAGAACGUCAGAAUUUCUACCCGAGGAUGCCGCCAGGUCUCCUCCGAUACACGUUCAUCGCAUCAUACUGUAUGCUCGCUGGCCUCACUUCCAGCGUCUUUAUGCAGCAAAAAUGGCAGAAUACCACACAAACAGAAUGCACAUUCCGGAACCCUACCGUGUGGUCCGGGCGUUCCUCUACUAUCUAUACACGGAUAGUAUCUCUGGGGACUCUGAAGUCAGCCCAAGCAUCCUCGAGGUUGCAGGCAUGCUAGUUAUGGCAAAUAUGUAUGACAUGCCAAAGCUCAGACUCCUUUGCGUCAACCGUCUCAGCCGCGAACUUGAUGUCGACACUGCAGCUAUUAUCUGGGAGCGAGCCGGCCGCACCGACGAAGACUGGCUCAAGCGCCGCGCUGCUUCCUUUUGCCUUGCCAACUGGGGCAGAAUCGUACGCAGCGAAGGAUUCCGACUUCUUAGCAAACAAAGUAUGAUCGAUCUCUGCGAGGUCGUCGACACCGAAGCCCGAAUUCUGACUGGCCAUGAGGCCGAGCUUCGUGAUAUUCUUGCUGAACGAUACGAUGCCUCGAACCCGAAAAGACCGCGAGUGGCCGUUGCUGCAGGAGGACUAGAGGAUGAUCUUGACAUCGAUGAGGAAGAUGGCAUGGAAAUCUCCUGA